CUUUGUUUCAGGCAAGAAGAAUAUAGUGAAUAAAAUGCAGACUAGACAACAUACUGCAAAAAUCCAAAAGGCAGUGUAGGAUCCAAAUGCUGAUUCGACAUUAACAAAGUAUCUACUUAUGAUAAAUAUAAAAAUAGUACAUAUGAAAACAAAUAUUGAGGAUGCUUUGGCUUUUAUUUCUUGAGAGAACAUUUCGCCCAUUAUUGUCCAAGAAAGAGGGCCUAAGCCGACACUGUAACUGGCCAUGUAUGCAAGCAUGGAAAAUAUUGGCAGCCAGCCCAAAUUACUUACAUCACUUUUUGCUGCGUCUUUUAGCUUCUUUUUCAACAGCUUCUCUACUUUUGCCUCUCAGCCGCGCCAGAACUUUGAUCAAAUCUUCCUUCCGGCCUUUAGCCGCUAAAUAAUACGGCGAUUCUGGCAU